AUGCUCUCUGUUGAAGACUGUACUCACAAACUUCUCUUGUACACACACACUCUGCUUAUCCUCCUCCCUCUCUGAAUCUCUGUACUGGUUGGUCCGGGAGCAACUCUGUCUCACUUAAAGAGAGAGAUUUUGCUUCUGCUGCUUCAAAACCUGACUUAUUUGCUCCAAUCACAGAAGUUUUUGGCAGUUGUUUCCACUUGUCACUUUUAUCAAGCACCUGAUGCUCAUUCCUUUGCCUCCUAGCUUCUUUUAAAGAUUGGGUUUGAGCAGUUGCUGCUGACAAUUGAAGAAGAUAUCAAGUACCACAUCUCAAUUGUUGUCCAUGUUGAAGCAAUCACCUAGAAGAAUUCCAAGGUCAAAAGGUUUGAAAGUAAAACAUGUUCUUCAGAUAUGUGUCUUGCUUGCCACUGGAUUCUGGGUGCUUCACCAAUUCAAGCAUUUAUACGAUAAGAAGAUCUCAGAAGAACUGCAGAAUGGGCUUGAAACCAUGAAACUUGGGAGGAAGGUCCUCCAUCCCCAAAUUAAGGAAUCGUCUUCGCUGAUUGGUGGGCGCGGGAAUGUAGUAGAGGAAAAUAAACCAGAAGAAAUUAUGGAUGAAGAAGCGCAGGCUGGAGAUGAUGAAAUAGAUGGACAUGAUCAUGAGCGAGCAGAUGAAGAAGAAUCUGAAGAGGUAGAGGAUCUUAUUGAUGUAGACGAUACGGAGAGAGAUGAGGGAAGUGAAGAGCAGGAGAACGAAGAGAAGGAUGAUGAAACUGAGCAUGCAAAUUUGUUAGAUGAUGGAGCCGAGAAUGAAGGUGAAAAGAAUGCUCAGAAAGCGAGAGAAGAGCAGAACGCGCAGACCAUAAGCACUAUAUUUCAGCUCGGAGGUUUGAGGAUGUUAAAGGAAGAAAAGGUUGAUGCAGAGAAUACUGUGUCAAAGCACAGAAAGGAAACCAAUGAUGCCAACGAUGUAAUCGUUGAUAUAAACAAUUUGGACCCUGAAGUUGGGAUGAAUGUGGUGACUGAAUUUUUUUCUUCUCGACAUGAUGUGAGCAAUGUAGAAAAUGGUAAUAAGAUCAGAUUGGAGAAUUCGGCCACUGCUCCAAACUCUAGUUCAUCAAUUGAGGAUACAAAUGUCGAACUCAGCUCGAGUUCCAUGCAAGUUAAAAGCUUGGAGGCUUCAAAUGGAAGAAGUAUAUUGCAGGAGUCGAUUGACAAUCAGGACGUAAGUACUGAUGGGAAACACAUAGCCUUGCGAGAUGUUUAUAGUAAGCAGAAUGAGAGCUUCAACGAAGCUGUUCAAAAUGAGCAACCAAGUUCAAAUUUAACUCCUUACGCAAUGAUUGAGGACAUAGCGGCAGCCAGUGCUUCGCAUUCUGUUGCUUCAAGAAAUGGCAGCUCUGCUUGGUAGAUUCAGACAAACGUUCAGCGUCAAAGACAACUAGACUAGCAUAGAGAGGAUCAGGCUGUUCUGGAGGCUCUACUGAAAUGUGCUAAUAACAAUAAAGUUGUGGCAAAGUUGCAACUCAGCGACGAUUUCUGAGAUAGAAAUUGUUGUUCUUAGGUGAUAUUACUGUAAUUGACAAAAUGUAGAAAUGGUUCUGUGGUGUGUGUUGUGGAAAUUAGCAAAAUAGGUUGUGAUUAGGAGUUGGGAAAUUAAAUAAUCCCAACUUGUGCACUUGCUUAAUGAAAUGUGCAUGACUGAGAAUCAGUUGUGCUCUUUGUUUUCA